UCGUUCCCGCAAAAGAAAGAACGAAUCACGAAAAUUGCUGCUCAAAAGGUCCCAUUUUUUUCCUCAAAUCAGAGACGAGAGAGAGAGAGAGAGAGAGAGAGAGAGAGAGAGAGAGGCAGCGAUUCAAAAUUUAGAGCUUUCCGGCGUUUCAUGAUCUGGAUUUUCCACCCAAAUCUGCUCCGGAGUUGGAGAUCUGCUCUGGAGAGAAGGGCUUACCCUCCGGCUCUCUUUGUCUAUCGGCUCUCUCAGUGGCGCUGGUGAUUCUGGAGACAUGGGGAGGUCUCCCACACCGCUGCGCCUCCCUUCUUCGGUUUCCGUUUGGUGGCUUGGAUUCUUGCUCCUCACGGCUGUAGCAGUCGCCGAUGCCCAGGCUCCUUUGUUUCUGCCCCCUGGGAACCAACCGUCUGUUCCGACUUCUUCGUCCCUGGCGCCGUCGCCGUCAGCACGGAUGCAAAUCGUGAUACAGACACGCCAUCACCAUCAUCACAAAGAACUAGUUAUAGCAGUUGUUCUGGCCUCUGCUGCAGUUCUAGCGAUCAUAUUGUCCUCAGUUUGUGCUUGUGUCUUUUGGAGGAGGGGCCGCCAAAUGCUCAAUACAAGAAACAUUGAAACCUCAGAGGCCGGUGGUGGGCUUCCAUUUGGAUCAAUCAGGAGCAAGUUGAAUAACAUGAAGACGACAAGCAAGAAGGGAUUGUUGCCAACGGUAGAUUACCCAUCACUAGAGUUAGCAACUAACAAGUUCAGCGAGUGCAAUAUCUUAGGGGAAGGAGGAUUCAGUCAUGUGUACAAAGCUUGCUUCCAUGGUGAAGUUUCUGCUGCAGUGAAGAAAUUUGACGCUGGCAGACCAGAUUGCAGCAAGGAGUUUGAAAAUGAGAUUGAUUUGCUCGGAAGAAUUCGACAUCCUAACAUAAUAUCUCUUUUGGGUUAUUGUAUUCAUGGAGAAACUCGGCUUCUCAUAUAUGAGUUGAUGCAAAAUGGAUCUCUGGAAACACAGCUCCAUGGACCUUCCCAUGGAUCAGCUUUGACCUGGCAUAUUCGAAUGAAAAUUGCACUUGAUAUUGCAAGAGGAUUGGAGUACCUUCAUGAGCACUGUAACCCACCCGUGAUCCACAGAGACAUAAAGUCAUCCAACAUACUUCUAGAUUCAGAUUUUAAUGCUAAGAUUGCAGAUUUUGGUCUUGCAGUUGUUGAUAGAAACCUUAACAAAUGUGGUUUAGAACUUUCAGGCACUCUAGGAUAUGUAGCUCCAGAAUAUCUCCUAGAUGGUAAACUCACUGAGAAGAGUGAUGUCUAUGCAUUCGGAGUUGUGCUCCUGGAGCUUCUGAUGGGAAAAAAACCAGUUGAAAAGAUGGCACCGUCUGAAUGCCAAUCAAUCGUCCAAUGGGCCAUGCCUCAACUUACUGACAGAUCAAAACUUCCAAACAUUGUAGAUCCAGUUAUCCAGAAUACUAUGGAUCUGAAACACUUGUACCAAGUAGCUGCUGUCGCUGUACUAUGUGUGCAGCAGGAACCUAGCUACAGACCAUUGAUUACUGAUGUCCUCCACUCUCUCAUUCCUCUCGUGCCGAUUGAGCUUGGUGGUUCGCUAAGAGCUGCAGACCCAACACCAUCCUCAAAUCGGUAAGCUUGAGAUCAUUGAUUAAGAAAUUUGGGUGGCAAUAUUGAUUGGAUGCAGCAGACCUGCUGGCCGCAACAUUUUCUACGUCAGGUUUCCGUAGCUUCUCUCCCAGUUCAGGUAGCAAAAUGGUGUGCAUUAUGUAAGUUAAAUCUGGCUGGAAAGUUACCGAGGGGGAACUAACUCAAGAGAAGUAUUUUCCUUCAAAUGCAUUGCGAAUCCAUUUCAGAUUUUUCUUCUGCAGCCAGAUUCAAACUGGUGCCUGUAUAUUUGUAAGUUACUGGACACGAAUUCUUUUGAAAAUAAUCCAUGAUGUUCAAGUUGUUUAUCA